UCGGUCGGUCUUGAUCAGUGCAGCGGUAGAUUCUGCGAGAUAAAGUAUAAAAGAAGUUCGUCGGAGAUGAUUUAUCUGUUCAGGUUAAUUGCGAUCAGCGUGGUGCUUUGCGCGUACGUUGGAGCCGAUCGCGGACCCUUCGUUCAGAUCAAGAAUGGAGUCCUCAGAGGAACCUACAUGGAAACCAAGAACGGAAGGAAGUUUGAAGGAUACAUGGGAAUUCCCUACGCCAAACCACCAAUCGGAGAUCUCAGGUUUAAGGAGCCUGUAGCCGCAACGUACUGGAGCGGCGUCAAAGAUGCGACCAAAGUGCACGGGCUUUGUCCUCAAAGGAAUAUUUAUACUAGGACAGAUGUUAUCGAAGGAGAUGAGGAUUGUCUCUUCCUCAACGUCUACACUCCUAGGAUGGAUGCUGAAUCUCCGGAGGUGUAUCCGGUUAUGAUAUUCUUGCACGGCGGAGGAUGGCUGUGCGGAUCCGGAAACUCCAUGUGGUACGGUCCAGAAAUCUUGUUGGAUAGAGACGUAGUAUUGGUCGUUCCCAACUACAGAUUAGGUGCUCUUGGUUUCUUGACUACAGGUGAUGAAGUCGUUCCCGGUAACAACGGUCUGAAGGAUCAGGUUAUGGUUUUGAAGUGGAUCCAAGAGAACAUAUCGAAAUUCGGUGGUGAUCCCAAGAGUGUUACGAUUUUCGGAGAGUCAGCAGGUGGAGCCAGUGCCCAUUACCACAUGCUUUCACCUUUAAGUAGAGGACUUUUUAGUAAUGCCAUUUCGGAGAGUGGAACGGCCCUCUGCCCGUGGGCGUUCUCCCCAAAGAACGAAGGUUUGAUCAACAGCAAGAAACUCGCCAAACUCUUCAAAUGUCCCACGGAUUCCACUAAAAAGAUGGUUGAGUGUUUGAGGAAGGUCGAUGCUCGCGACAUCAUCGCCAAAGAUUCAGAUUUUAUGUUGUGGGAUAAAGAUCCGAUGAUUCCGUUCAAACCUGUCAUCGAACCGGAACACAAGGGAGCGCUCAUCACAAAGCACCCAAUCGAACUGAUUAAAUCCGGUGACGUGGCAAAUGUCAGUUGGAUGGUAGGCUUAAACAGCGACGACGGAGCUUUGAGGGUAGCAGCGCUUUACGGAAUACCUAAACUCAUCGAAGAGCUGAACGAAGAUUUCGAAAAUAAACUUCCCAUUUCGCUGAUCUUCGAUAAAACAUCCGAAAAUCCUUCAACCGUUGCCAAGGAUAUUAAACAAUACUAUUUCCAAGAUAAAGAGUUGAAUACCGAUACCAAGCAGGCUGUUGUUGAUUUGUACACCGAUGGUUGGUUCUUAAAUGGAGCGGAUCAAGCUGUGGCCUUGCACAAGAAGUACCUUAAGCAUCCAAUUUAUUACUAUCUCUUCGGGUAUCGCGGAGUGGCUAGUUUCAGCGAAGUUUUUGGGGAUAAGCACAAUAAUUAUGGAGUGUGCCAUGCCGAUGAGUUGCAGUACCUGUUUCCGGUUGCCGACGGACUGUUUCCGGAUAAGACUCACACCGAAUCCGAUAAAAAAGUUGCCAAACUGAUGACCACUCUUUGGGUUAACUUCGCCAAAGACAGCGAUCCUACGCCGAAGAUGGACGAUGUUUGCCACAAGAAAUGGCUUCCGGUUGAAUCCGCUGAAAGCAUGGAAUAUCUGAACAUCGGCGCUCACGAUGACAUCGGAAUGGAGUCGGGUCUGUACAUGGAAAGGGCGAAGUUCUGGCGGAAUCUGCCGAUCAACGCCGAGUUUAGCAGCGACGUGGUCAGGGAUGAAUUAUAGAAAAAAGAGCGAAGAAUUUUAGCCAAAAGAAUGUAAAUAAUAUUGAUAUUUACGAUGUAAAUAGAUCGAAACCAAUAAAAAAUACCAUAC